AUGUGGUUGUUUUCCCGGUUUGCGACCAGUAGCUAUCUGGACGUUUCGUAUGUAUCCGCCGACACACUGGUGUUUGGAUGCGAAACGAAGGGUCUGCCAAAAUCAAUCACGUCGAAGCACUCCGAUUCGCUUUUGCGGAUUCCAACUCACCCCAAUGUCAGAAGCAUCAACCUGAGCAAUGCUGUAGCGGUCGCAGGGUUUGAAGCGGCAAGGCAGAUUGGUUUGUCGUAG